AUGGCCUAUGAAAAGCCUAAGGAAGGCAUCAAGACUGAGAAUAAUGAUUAUAUUAAUUUGAAGGGGGCAGGGCAGGAAGGCUCUGUGAUGCAGUUUAAGAUUAAGAGGUACACACCGCUUAGUAAACUAAUGAAAGCCGAUUGUGACAACAGCUUGGAAAUGGAGGCUGAAGACACAAUUGAUACGUUCCAGCAGCAGACAGGAGGUGUCUACGAAAAAGGGAACCUGCUGUUUUACUCCAGGAUUCUGUUCCUCCAAACCAAGAAGACAUUCUCAAUUAGAAAACUGUAA